UCCUGGGGGGCGGGGCCGAGCGCCUGUGUUUGUUGCGCCGUGUCAGUUACAUUGUAACAAAAGUGGUGCAGCCGCUCCUCGGGCCAGCACCGUAGGCCCUCCCGCCGCCAGCUGUCGCGGACAUGGAACCCGUGGCCAGCAAUAUCCAAGUUCUGCUGCAGGCGGCCGAGUUCCUGGAGCGCCGCGAGAGAGAGGCGGAGCAUGGCUAUGCGUCCCUGUUUCCGCACCGAAGUCCUGGCCCGGUUCACAGGAGGAGGCGGCAGUCCCCCCAAGCUCCUGGCGCGCUGGACAGUGGGCGGUCUGUGCAUAACGAGUUGGAAAAGCGCAGGUGAGUCCCAACCCUGCCCUGACAGCACCAGGCCCCAGGAACUGCCUCCCUCUGGCCUUCCCUCCCCUGCUGUCCCUCAUCUGGCCAGCAAGUCUGGGCUGGCACUGCCCUCUAGACCCCUUCCCUGCAGGAGGGCCCAGCUGAAGCGGUGCCUGGAGCAGCUGAAGCAGCAGAUGCCCCUGGGGGCUGACUGUGCCCGAUACACCACACUGAGCCUUCUGCGCAGGGCCAGGAUGCACAUCCAGAAACUGGAGGAGCAGGAGCAGCGGGCCCGGCGGCUCAAGGAGAAGCUUCGAAGUAAGCAGCAGAGCCUGCGGCAGCAGCUGGAACAGCUCAGGGGGCUGGCGGGGCCGGGUGAGCGUGAGCGGCUGCGGGCAGACAGCCUAGACUCCUCAGGCCUCUCCUCCGAGCGUUCUGACUCAGACCAAGAGGAGCUGGAGGUGGACGUGGAGAGCCUGGUGUUCGGGGGCGAGGCUGAGCUGCUGCGGGGCUUCAGUGCCGGCCAGGAGCACAGCUAUUCACACGGUGGUGGCGUCUGGCUAUGACCUUCGCUGCCGGAGGGGCCUCUAUGCUCAGACCACCCUUGGCUCUGCCCAACUGGAGUCCUCGCCGAGCCUCCAGGGCUGCUGAGAGUCGCCUCCUGUUGGAAUGGACUAAAUGGACCUUGUGUGGGAACAGGUGCUCCCCCUACCCUGCUGCUGGCUGCCGGCAGCCCCCCCUAGGACAGAGAGCCCUGCAGGGCAGGUGGCUUGGGCCCAGGCUGCCCUUCCAGGCAUUUUUAGUAGCACUUGGCUCUGCUGUCCAUGGGGGCAGGGAGCCUUUUGGGCCCUCACGUUCCUUCCUAGACAAGGGCCCACCCCUGGCCUUUGCCCCACAUGUACUGUUCAGUGUUUUCAUUAAAAGCCCCUUUCUUAA